GACCAAGGAACCAAUCACAGUUCAGUUAUUCCGACGUUUAGUGACGUAAACGUGCAAAGCGGAAGUACCAGUCGAGGCUGAAAGACGUGUUUCGUUCUUCUUGAAUACUACUAGUUUUGGAAAAGGUGUGAUCAUGUCAAAGCAGUCGCUGGGGAAGACACUAUUGAAGAAUGUGAUCCGGCACACAGAUGCUCACAACAAGAUCCAGGAGGAGAUGGAGAUGUGGAAAAUGCGAAACUGGGAGGUCCACACGUCCCACAACAAACAUUUGCCAGAUACAAAGAGUGUGAGGGGGCAAAUGCACUGUGAUCGAGUGCCAGAUCAGCCUAGAGACCUGAGUCGAAGCAGAGAGCGAGUCUCAGAACAUGAUGACAGAGAGGCUCGAUACUGGAGUCGCAAACUGUAUGAAUUUGAGGCCAAUGAUUCAGACAGGUGGGGACAUGGUGGCUUCAAGGAGCUUUACCCGGAAGAGUUUGCAAGCGACGGUGACACAAAGAAGAGUGGGCGCCACAAAAUGAAAAAGUCAAAGUCUGACACAGAAGCGGGUUUAUCAAAACGAUCCAAAAAAUCCUCUCGAAAGAAGACAAAGAAAAAGAAGAAGAAAGAUGAGGCGGAAAAGCGCAAGAAAGCCGAGUGCUCGAGCAGCGACAGCAGCAGCGAUGACAGCAAUGUCACCAAAGACAAGCAGCACAGGAAACGGACUAAAAGUCGACAUAAAAACAAGAAAAUGGCAAAGACAAGAGGGAGAGAAGAGGACAGCAGCUCAGGCGACAGUAAUGAUGAAGUAGAAAGGGAAAGACGGACUCACAGGCGCAAGAAGCGAAAGCAGGACUCUCACAAAGACUCUGACUCGGGGCCAAACUCAAAAAGGUGCAGGAAAAACUCUAAAGCAGCGUGCGGGGAGAGCUCAGAUGAUAGUUCCAGAGACUGAGAUUCAAAGACUUGGAGAGGAAAAGCAGCUCAGGUAACGAGCAAGGAAACUACUGCAGAUUCCCUUGUUCGCCUCGACUUCACAGAGGGCUUUUCUCUGCGGGGCCGUUCUGUAUUGUACUUUGUUAGACAUCAACAAACGUGUGCUGUCGGCCCUCUCUGCAGGCGUUCUGUGUAGCAAUACCUCAUCCACCUCUGCAAAGGCUUGAAACACACUGUACGGAGGAGCAUGAAGAGGGAAGGUGGGGUCCUCAUUAAGAAUUCUGUCGGCUGCAGGCGCAUUGAUUGAUCAUCGACUCUCCCCCGUCUGCCUAACAGGGAGACUUUCUGUCCUCAAUUGACCAGUGGUUUUUUAUAGAUUUUUUUUUUUUUUAAAGAGACAAGACCAAAUGUGCCAAUUAUAAUAGAAUGUGCAUUUUCAUUUUUUGUAAAUUUGUAUGCCAUACAUAAAAAAAUAAAGAUCUAUUUUACUGUUAAAA